GAUCUGCUGCGUUUCAGACACAUGCCUUUAAAGGCUUAGCACAGAAGUAAACUAGUACUUAAUGAAUUAAUGAAUUCUUAAUUAAUUUUGUCAUCAAGAUCAAGCCAUUCAUGGCUUGGUAACAACGAGAUCAUAGAACUCUAACAUACUCCUGGUAUGAUUUCUACACAGCACCAAUUGAUUCCUGAUGCAGUCCAAAGCAUAAUGGAAAAGGAAGAACCUGAAGAAAAAUCUGAACUUGAGGAAAGCAACUAUUCUAUAACAUCUGAAUCAGGACCACGUGUGUUCAAGAUAUUGCAGAAAUGGGUUCCAAAGGCAUCUUAUUGCUUUGACAAAGAACAUUACUGUUAUGCUGGCCACCAGAUCACCAUUCAUGAGUCCAUUGAAAGCCUCGGAGCUGUAGUAUGGCCUGGUGCUCUUGCUUUGUGUCAGUAUCUGGAAUCAAACCAACAAGAAAUCAGCCUCAAAGGCAAGAAAGUACUUGAAAUUGGAGCUGGAACAGGUCUGGUGUCCAUUGUAGCAAGUAUAUUAGGUGCUUUUGUUACUGCUACUGACUUGCCUGAGGUACUUCAGAACCUGGAGUACAAUAUUACAAAGAACACCCAGAACAUUAAUGUUCACAAGCCUGAAGUAAGAAAGCUGGUUUGGGGAGAGAAUCUCAAUGAAGACUUCCCUAAAUCAACUUGCUAUAAUUUCAUUGUGGCCACGGAUGUUGUGUAUCACCACACAGCUCUGGAUACUCUUUUGGAGACGAUAGGCUACUUGUGUCAGCCUGGGACAGUCUUGCUAUGGGCAAACAAAUUCAGGUUCAGCACUGAUUAUGAUUUCUUGGACAAACUCAGCAAUAUAUUCAAUAUCACACAACUGGCAGAAUUUCCAGAGUCAAAUGUCAAAUUGUUCAAGGGCACAAUUCGAGAAAAUUAAUACCUUGGAGAAUGCCAGAACCUUUAAUCAAUAAUAGCAGAAUAAAAAUCUUGAUUGCAUGGGCAUUUUUAAACAUUAACAACCUCUUUUUCAUUAUGGCUUGGCGCAUUUAACAGUGUAGCAUUGUGUUAAACAUCCCAGCUUUAGGGAGGAGGAAAUGAAGAGCAUUCAUACCUUUAAAAUGGGUAGUUACCAACUGUCGAGUGAUUCUAGCAGUGAAUACUUCUCUUGGCUCAUGCAAUCUUUUUUCCAGAUUAUCACAAGGGUGUGUAUCCAGUCCUUAACUUUUACAAUGAUAAGCAAAAUUGAAUUAUCCCUUCCAUUUUUCAUAAAAUUAAUGGGCUUGAAAUCUCAGAUUCCACUGCUAUUCCCUUCACACCUGGUUGUUAGAAGAGCACUUUUUAAACAUUGUACAAUUAGUUCUCCUGUAAAGAAUCUAUCUUGAGGGGUUACAGAUGAACAAGGUUGAUGGAAUGGAAAAUACCACAUCUCAGAUUACAAACUUAGUGUCUCGAAUCAGUGUAAUCCUCUAACAGAGUUACACAGGUAAAAUUAAUCCCUAAUAAUGAGGACACUUGUAAUUUUUUUCAGAAUGAAAUCCUCAACCUCUAGUAUCUAUGGCUGAUAAGGCAUAAGAAAAUAUUUAGACAAGUAUAUAUGUGUACAUUCAAAACACGUCAGAGCUGUAACCAUCUUUGCAAUAUAUGAGAAGUAAAUAUUUUCUUGAAACCCCCAUUUUAAGUCACUACUAUUCCAAUAAAUGGCAUAUGUAUAAAUACUUUUACCAUGUCACUUUCUAACACUGCUACAAAUGUAACAUUUUAAUAGGCCUCCCUGGAGUCAUAUGUGCUAUUAAUGGUUAUUCUUAGUUUUCCCUAAAAUUAAGUGAAUUCUAAUGCCUCCUUUAUAAACUCUUGACACACUGGGACAGGUUUCAGGUUUGUUAAUUAUUUUAUUACCUUAACAAAAUUAAACCAUAGAGUGCUGAAGUUUUUGAUACUGAAAUUUGCACAUUUAUUCUGCAGUUUUACAUUUUUCAAACAUUAUUAACAUGUAUGUAUAAGUUUUACAAUACCUGAUUAAUGUUAACUGUCUGACACUUUAUACAUGUAUCAGUUUAUUCUGACACUUUGUAUCGCAUGGAUAUUUGAGAAUAUCUCCAAGUAGAAGAUAUUAAAGAGCACCGUUGCACCAGCAGUAUAGAAUA